GGUCGGGGGAAAGAUGCUGCAGGUCCCGAGCCCAGGACAGCAGGAGCAGGCGGCCGCACUGAGAGGGAACGGAGUAAUGGAGGAAUGCAAGUUGAAAGCAGUCACUCCAGCAAAGAAACUGGUCCAAGCACGAUUGCCUUUCAAACGUCUCAACCCUGUACCAAAGCCAGAAAAUGAAGAGGCUACUGAUACUAAGCGGACAAAAAUUUCUACCAGUGCACCGGCACAACUAACUGCAGUCACAAUGAUUGCAUCUGUUGAAGAUGUUGAAAAUGAUUGCAAAAUAAACUUGGAUGGCCAAGCUGAAAGUUCUGAAACAGUAGAUGGGCAUCUGGCUCCCUCCAAACUUGUUAAUGGGAAAGGACCUCUUGAUGAUUUCUUGCAUUCCAUUCAGAAGAAUAAUCCUACGGUUAAGAUGCACAGUAAUGAACUCCAUUCCACAAUUGACUUAACGUGCGAUUCUAGCAAUGAAGUCUUGGACAGCGUAGGCACCACAGAUGUAAAAAUGUUGGCUUCUGCUAAAGACCUGAGUAAGAAAACAAAAGGAAACAAAAAUGGUGGUUCUGAAAGAAAAUAUAACUGGUUGGAUAGCCUGAAGCCUAGUGUAAGCCAAGAGGUAAAUUCUGAAAGUUCAGCACCUGGGCAGAGUAGCAGGGAAAGUAAAGCAAAUCAAGGACAAGAAAUUGAAGGCGAUAGCCCUAUUGUGAACAGUGUGUUCAAAGGCAGAGUGCCAGUAGUGGUGUUAAAAGAUAUAAUGGCUGACAAGUCAUGCUGGACUGGGAGUUUAGAGAAGGGUAUAGUGCAAGUGGAAGGAACUGGGUCAUUUACAAAUGAAAGCAACGAGUCACCCAUCAGUUCCUUAUCAAGUUCUAUUUCAGCUACUGAUAGUUCACCAGAAGCAAGGUCUCCAACGGAUGAGCGAAGUCCCAGAUCUGCAUUCUCAACACCUGGAAACAAGGUUACAUGGACACCGAAGUUGCAAGGCAAGAGACUCAAGCAGCAACAGGAACGUGAAGAGAAAAGACAAAAGCUAAAAUUAGAAAAGGAAGAGCGGGAACGUGCAAGAGAAGAGGCCAGACUUGCCAAAGAACGUGCAAAGGAAGAGGCUAAGAGAAAAAAGGAUGAGGAAAAAGAACAAAAAGACAAGGAGAGGAAGGAGAAAAAAGAGAAAGAAGAAAAGGAGAAAGCAGAGAGGCUGAGAUUAAAGGAGGAAAAACGGAAGGAGAAACAAGAUGCAUUGGAGGCCAAAUUGGAAGAGAAGAAAAAGAAGGAAGAAGAGAAACGGUUGAAAGAAGAAGAAAAACGUUUGAAGGCAGAAAAAGUGAAAGAGAUUUCAGAAAUAACCAGAUUCUUCCAAAAACCAAAAGCUCCACAAGCCCCUAAGACUCUAGCUGGAUCCUGCGGGAAGUUUGCUCCUUUUGAAAUCAAAGAACACAUGGUCCUUGCUCCAACAAGCCGAAUUUGCUUAGAUCAAGACGUUCUUGAGCAGUUGGAUGAGCUGCUGGAAAGUCAGAGUUUUAACUCUAAUUACAUUAAAGAGUUGCACAACCAGAAGCCAAGAACAUCGGGUCCUACAAGUCCCAGAAUAAGCAUCACAGAAGAUAGUUCAUGCAGUAGUGAUGUGAUUGUGAUAGACACUAAUUUGAAUAGUGGAAUCGUUGAUCGGAAAAAACUUUGCAGGAUGAAGCUGUUGCAGUUUUGUGAAAAUCACCGUCCUGCCUACUGGGGGACCUGGCAGAAGAAGAGUGUGAAGGUGAACCCUCGGAAUCCUUUCACUAAAGAUGAGCAAUUAUUGGAUUAUGAAGUGGAUAGUGAUGACGAGUGGGAGGAAGAAGAACCUGGCGAAUCUCUCUCCCAUAGUGAAGGAGAUGAAGAUGACGAGGCAGAUGAUGAAGAUGAUGAUGAUGGAUUUUUCGUCCCUCAUGGCUAUCUGUCUGAAGGAGAAGGUGCAACUGAUGAAGAGGGCGAAAAUCCUGAAAAGCAGAAAAUCCGUCAGAAGAUGAAAGCAAAAGAAUGGGAUGAAUUGAUGAAAGGGAAGAAAUUCCAGGUGCUGCAGCCCACCCUGAUUGGAUGUUUUUGGGAGAACGACACUGAUAUUUUGCAGAGCUCAGCCAUGAAGAUACUUCAGCAAUUUUCAGUCUGUCUGUUUGAUAACCAAAUGGAAGAUGAACAGCUACAGGAAAUACACAAUGGAAAAUUAAAAGAGGAACAAAUAUUAAUAAGCCUGCUUCCACUUCUUCAUGGAAAUGUGAAUGGCAAAAAGGCCAUAAUCAAGGAAUUUCAGGAGUGGUACAAACAGAAACCUUCCGCAAACGUGCUGGCACUCCCUUCUUCUGAUUCCACGAAUCCCCUAGGCUCUGAUGCCUCUAGACCCGAGACACACUCAGUGGAUGAGGACUUGUCCAUUCCCUCCAAGGCAAAAUUACAACGCCUUAUUUCAGAAAAUGGAAUAUAUGAGAAAAGAAGGGCUUUCAGACUGAAGUGCUGGUAUGUACAUGAAGAGGUGCUGAAAAGGUUUAGGAUGGAAAACCUUCCUGUUCCAGGACAGUGGAAUUACCUCACGCAGGUCCAAUCUACAGCCAAGGAAGAAAGCACCAUUGCAGCAGGGAGUGGACUGAAUGCUCCCAGUUUGGGAAGGAAUACAGGGCAAUGUGUAACUGGUUCAGCGAAGAGGAAGGCUGCUGGAAGUAUGUCAAUCAAAAAGUUCAUGCACAAGUUUGUGGAUGCUGAUGGUCAGGCUGAAGUAACUGAGACAGAUGGUUUUCAGGCAGAUACAGAAGAGGAUGAUGAUGCUGAUUGUGUAAUUGUUGAAGUAAACACAAAUAAGCCUAUUCCAAACCAAGAGAGCAAGGAGGAGUCUGCAGAUUUAUGCUCUGGAUUGCUAAAAAGUGAGGAACUGCCUACAAAGUCUAGCUCUGGACUGGUCAGGAGCGAGGCACAGUCUGUGUUGUGUUGUGGUUUAGCAGCUGGUGAUGGUCAGUCCACAGAGCAGAGCUCAGACUUGACCACUGAUGAGACGAUGGACAUUGAACCCUGUGAAAAUGCUGCUGUCAAACCAUCCAACAGUACCUGAAUUGAUUUAAGAUAUAUAUACUAAUAGCUGUAUGUAUGUAGGCUACUUUUUAGAAACUUUAAAAAACCUUUCUGUAUCAUUUCAUAAACUCUGACUUAAAAUACUUGAAGUUCUGUAAAAAAAAAAUAAAAUGGCACUUUUGCAACAGAUUUGUAAUUUGAUAAAUUAAUAUAAGUAAAAUCUUGGCAUUCAUAAACCCACCUGUUACUGUACAAUGUGAAAGAUGUUGGUAUAAUAACACUUCACAAACACUUCAAACUUUACUAUCCUUCACUCUGGUGUUAUUGCAUGUAGAUUUAUUUUUAAACUUGGCUGAUUUUAUUGUAAUGCAAGCCACCCUUUUCACAGUGCCAUUCAAUACUAUCAUCAGCCACAAGAAACCUAGUUUGUGAUUCUUUGUAGAUAAUGGCCUAGUUUUGGAACACAUUUUGUAUUUAACUUUUUAUAUUCUUGUGAAUAGAUGUUGAUUUUCAUUUUUUCUCUCUUGCCCUUGCCCCUUUCCAGCACCUGCAACAGUGAGAACAAUUAAAUUACAUAACGCCAUGUACAUCAGCUAUAUUAUUUUGAAGUUGGUUGCAGUGCACUUUUCCGUUAGAUUAGUGCAAGUGUUUAUAGACCCAAACCUGUUUUUUCAAACUUGUGUUAAGGUUCCUGCUCCCAAAGAUGAACUCUGGACAUCAAUUAUUACUGGAAUUGAAACUAAAGAGAGUGGCCUUGGGGUUUUUUGAGAUUUAAUUCUCUUGACAAGCACAUGCUUCCAACUUGUGUUCGGUGAUGAUGUGUAUUUAAGUGUCCAGAUUGUAUUAAAAUCAACACCUGUUCA